CCUCAGUAACCCUCUGACUGACGCUGCUGUCAGUGCCGUCUACCACGUGGUAUGAGGUGCUCAGCUGACUGCCGGGGGAGGAAGAGGAAAGAAGAUGGAAGGGAACAGAGACGAAGCAGAAAAAUGUAUAAAUAUAGCAACAAAAGCUCUCGAAGCCGGUGAUAAGGAGAAAGCGUUAAAGUUUCUCAACAAAGCAGAGAAGCUGUAUCCGACUAUCAAAGCCAAAGCUUUGUUGGAUGCUUUAAUGAAGAAUGGGAGCUCAGCAGGUAAUGGCACAUAUCGCCGGAGAGCAGCGGAAAACUCAGAAACCAAUGGUACUCAGUCAGAACGAGAGAACCCAGGAUCUGGAGUAGGUGACCCGCCUAAAAGCUUCACGAAAGAGCAGGUUGAAGGCGUGCAAAGAAUAAAGCGGUGUAAAGACUACUACGAAGUGCUUGGUGUCAACAAAGAAGCCGGUGAUGAUGAGCUUAAAAAAGCCUACAGGAAACUAGCGCUCAAAUUUCAUCCAGACAAAAACCAUGCACCUGGUGCAACAGAGGCCUUUAAAAAGAUUGGCAAUGCAUAUGCAGUACUCAGCAACGCAGACAAACGACGGCAGUAUGACCUGACAGGAGGAGAGGAGCCGAGCAGCCCAAGUCACUCACAUGGCGCAGGCUUCGACUUCCACAGGGGCUUCGAGGCUGACAUCACUCCUGAGGACCUCUUUAACAUGUUCUUUGGAGGCGGCUUCCCAUCCUCCAAUGCACACACUUUCACCAACGGCAGGACAAGUUACAGCCAUCAAACGGAUUACAGGCAAGAGAGGACAGAAGAACGAGGAGAUGGUGGUUUUUCAAUGUUUAUUCAGCUGAUGCCCAUCGUGGUCCUGAUUUUGGUGUCAUUGCUGAGCCAGAUGAUGGUGUCUCCUCCACCCUACAGUCUCUAUUCUAGACCGUCAACAGGUCAGACCAUAAAGAGGCAAACAGAAAACCUGCAUGUUGACUACUAUGUCACCAGAGAUUUCAAGUCAGAGUUUAAGGGCUCAGCACUGCAGCAAAUUGAGAAAAAUGUAGAGGAGGACUAUGUAUCAAAUGUCAGAAAUAAUUGUUGGAAGGAGAGACAGACGAAAACAGACCUGCUUUACGCCGCUAAGGUAUACCGGGAUGAGCGAAUGCGCAAGAAGGCAGAACUCAUGACCAUGGAUAACUGCAGGGAGUUGGACAGACUAAAUAACCUCUUCAGAGGUGGAUGAAAUGGAUGCUUUUAGGUCUUGUAAAUCUAUAUGAAUAGAUAUGUAUGUUCAUUUUUUUUUUUUAAUUUUUUUUUUUUUUAUGAAGAGUCUUCAAACUUUAGGGCACUUGAAGAUAUAAUUUAGCUCUAUUGUUGUGCUUUUCCCCCCUCCUACUCUCAUCCUCCUCCUAACUUUUCUUCUUCCUCAUUCCACAUUCCACUUUGGCCCUUGGAAUCGCCUUGUUAUGUUGUAAAUGACCAAUCUACACACAAUAUAGAACGUCUCAGAUGUUUUUCUUUAAAAAAAAAAAAAA